AUGUCAACGGAAGGAAUAAGAGAGGAAGAAGCUCCUGCGCCGGCUGAAACCAAAACAGCGCCAGAAAAAAAGGCUUCUAAUACCAUCGACAAGAUGCUCUUCGGUCAAUUCUCCUCUGACAAUGAGGAAAGCUCUUCGCCACGGUCUUCGUCGUCGCGGAAUCAAUUGAAGCUUUGGUCAAAAAGCGAAAUGGACGCAAAAGAAGCCCUUUUACUGCAAGACAAUUCCAAGAACAAGAAUGAUACAGUGCCUGACGAGGGAAAAGACAUCAAACAACAAGAAGAUAGGAGCGCUUCUAAGGCUUCAUCAGCGGCAAAUCAACAACAGGAAUCACGACCGCGUGGUGUAGUCUCAAUCGGACCCGGGGAUACGCCAAUAGAGGAAACGCCGAAAGAAAUUCAAGAGUUACUGCGAAACUCUCCAAAAGUACCGGAACGACUUCCAAAGCUUCGAUUGGUUGGCAUGAGCACUCACGGCUCCAGUCGCGACCACGUGUCGUUUAGCCCUUACGGGAGCGAUGCGCACCCUCACUCUUCAUCAUCACCGGCUGAGAGUAAAAAGUCUGCUGGCCCAAGUCCACAUGAAGAUCAUGCUGUUGCCACUGGUGGCCAGAACUCUAGUGGAUGGAACGAAGAAAAGCAGCAGCCAACUCCUCUAGUACCCCAGCCACCUCCAGCUCCGAGUCCAACGUAUGACUUAUCCUCGGGUGCCAGUUCGGCGCGACGCCGCGCGGCGCAAGAAGCGCAGGACAACGUGAGGGCGAUCGCCGGCAAGUACGGCUCUUCCUCUGGCAGCCAGUCUAACUAUAUCGCUUCUAGCGGUACACCGAUCUCUACAGCACGCUCUUCUGCUCGACGUAUUGGAGGGUCGCAAAAUGAACUAGGAGAGAGCGACAGGACGAGUAGUUCUCGUAGUAACAGGCAAGUAGUAGGAGGUGGAACUGGUGAAAAUGACACUCACGCUUUUACAAAAGACCAGCGGCAACCGAGUUUGGGCAGUAGAGCACCUCCACCUCCGCCGCCACCAGAACCUGCGGCAUCUACCACGACAGCGGCUGCCGCUCCAACAGCAAAGAGAACAUCAGGAGGCGCACUAGACUCUAGUAGGAGCAAACAAUCAUCCGAUGAUGGAGAAAACUGGUGGACACCGAAAGCAGAUUCCGUGAAGGAAGAGCCACCUCUGACGAAAGACAUUUUCAAUUUCGGCAGUGAUGAUGAAGCAAUUUCAGAGGACUUCGAAUCAGACGACGGCUUGGAUCUCCUCUAAAUCAGUGCCAUGCAUUGAUGCACGUAGUACAGAUCAACAAUGAUAGUACUUAGAACAUUCUUGUUGAUCAGCUCUCGGGAGCAGAAAAUAGAGGAGGGGUAUCCGUGCCCUUGCUCACUUUAGAAAAAGCAACAAACUAAGAAGUAUGAAAAAACAUUUCAGAAAGUCGACGAAGGCAGAUAACAUGUUUUUCUUAUACAUAGAGCUAUAGACUUGAAAUAGGUACUACAUCACUUGAAGCAAACUCAAACUACUACUACUACACAACUACUUGGUACAACAAGACUAAUAAUUGGAAUAGAACGCCUAACCGUAAAUUACGACACUGUAGAGAAUUUCAAUAGGACAAGAGGAAUAUUGUAUUUUGUGCCAAAACUUAAUAAAGAUAAACUUAAUAAAACUAAAAGGUAAAGGUUGAUCACGUUAAAAAUGUAAUCGAAUUCAUCACAUUCAUACAAAUACAAACAUAAGAAUGCCAUCUAAAACUAAAUCAAAACCUAUCAUCAAAAAAUAAUGAAUGUAGUUCUCGAAUUUGCACCUCUCACGGACACGGAUGGCAUCGUACUAAUAUAGUUGGGAGAUUGAUUGGAAAAAAUCGAAAAAUCAUUACAACCAAGGCCAUUAUCGCAUGCUCAAACGUGGUCCUGGUCCAGGGCAGAUUAAAUCUUUCUACUUCAGGCUUCAGAAGAGGGGUCUAUUCUGUAUCUAUUUGAAUACGAGUAGCGUUGCUGCCAACGAAGAAACGGUGAAUCUGCGCAGACUAGUUUAUUUGAAAAAGUGUACACGUACGUUGGACAAACAAAGGCAAUCAACGGAAGGUCGAUGGACACCCACUCAUAUACUAGUUCAGGGGCAGGAAGUUAU